UGUGGGAAAUAGUAGCACCAUCAUCUGGAAUACAUUUUCUCCCUCUGGCGAAAAAAAUAUAGCUGACAAAAACACAAAGAAACCUCGCCUUUCAUACCUCUCAAAAUGUCUAAACUGGCGUUGUUCAAUGUGUAUAUUACUGAACGGCUAACAGCGGCGGCUGUAGAGAUAGCUGGAGUAGUAGAGAGAACAGUAACUGAGUACCAGGAGGAAAUCUCUCGUUCAAAGGAGGAGAACGAACGUCUUCGACGUCUGCUGGAUUUCAAACCGCACAGAACAGACCCCCAGCAGCUUACUCUCCCAGUCUCUGAAGAGGAAGUUCCCCCUGAGCGGCAGCACUGUGAGCAGAAGUGGAGCCCCUGUCUGGAGAAGGAUCCAGAGCCCACACAGAUUAAAGAUGAACAAGAGGAAAUCAGGACCAAUCAGGAGGAAGAGCAGCUUGAAGGGCUGGAGUCUGAUACCAAAGACUCCAUAUUCACCGUCUGUGAGGAAAGUGACUGUGAUCCAAUGGAUUUCUCGAGCCAAACUUCCGAGAGCAGAGAGGGGGAUGUGUUAUGCGUUCGCAUUCCUCAAGAGAUCAAAAACGAGCCUGAUGGAGAGCUCUACACGGUAUCAGAAGCAACCCGUGCCUCACAUGCCCUCUCAGAAGGAUAUGCAGGCUGUUCUGCAGCUCACAGUGAAAACAGUGGAAGUGGCAAUGAAGUGGAGAGCGGGGGACUACCGUCAGGAUCAAAGGCAUUGAAAUCACCCAGAAAACAAGCAAAGAAAAGAAUAAGCUCCCAUACCUCUGCUGGGAGCGGGGCGACCACAAAUGCUGCUCCUCCUUAUUGUUGCAAGUUGUGUGGAAGUACAUUUGUGUACAUUGGUCCUUUAGUUAAUCAUGUGAAAAAUGUGCACACAAAGCUUACUGCAGAAUACCGUUGUGGUGUAUGUGAAGAAGUCUUUGAGUCCAUAGCAAGUCUGACAGAGCACCUGCAAACCCACAUUAAAGCAACACGCACCUGUAAUGUUUGUGGCAAAUGCUUCCCUAGUGAUUCUAGUAUGAGAACACACAUGGUAACUCACACAGGAGAGAAACAGUAUCAAUGCAAAGAAUGUGGGAAAUGUUUCAAAAAUAAGGGCUAUAUGCACUUGCAUAUGAGGCGUCACACAGGGGAGACACCAUUUUGGUGCAAAGAUUGUGGCGAAAGUUUCACUUGUAAGGGAUACUUGAAAACACAUAUGAAGUUCCACACAAGUGAGGAACCACAGCCCACACUGAUUACAGAUAAACAACAGGAACUUGGGACCAAUCAGGAGGAAGAGCAGCUCGAAGGGCUGGAGUCUGAUACCAAAGACUCCAUAUUCACCGUCUGUGAGGAAAGUGACUGUGAUCCAAUGGAUUUCUCGAGCCAAACUUCCGAGAGCAGAGAGGGGGAUGUGUUAUGCGUUCGCAUUCCUCAAGAGAUCAAAAACGAGCCUGAUGGAGAGCUCUACACGGUAUCAGAAGCAACCAGUGCCUCACACUCCCUCUCAGAAGGAUAUGCAGGCUGUUCUGCAGCUCACAGUGAAAACAGUGGAAGUGACAAUGAAGUGGAGAGCGGGGGACUACCAUCAGGAUCAAAGACACUAAAAGCACCCAGAAAAUGGGCAAGCACCCAUAACCGUGCUAGAGGCAAGGUGACCACAAAUGCUUCUCCUUAUUGUUGCAAGCUGUGUGGAAGUACAUUUGUGUACAUUGGUCCUUUAGUUAACCAUGUGAAAAAUGUGCACACAAAGCAUACGAAAAUGUGUGGUGUGUGUGAGGAGGUAUUUGAAUCCAUAGCAAGUCUGACAGAGCACCUCCAAUCCCACAUUAAAGCAACACGCACUUGUAAUGUUUGUGGCAAAUGCUUCCCUAGUGAUGCUAAUCUGAGAACACACAUGGUGUCUCACACAGGAGAGAAACAGUAUCAAUGUAAGGAAUGUGGGAAAAGUUUCAAAACUAAGGCAUAUAUGAAAUUGCAUAUGAGACUUCACACGGGGGAGAAACCAUUUCAGUGCAAAGAAUGUGGAGAAAGCUUCACUUGUAAUGGAUACUUGAGAGCACAUAUGAAGUUCCACACAGGGGAGAAAUCAUAUCGCUGUAAGGACUGUGGGCAAGACUUCGACCAGAAGGAACAACUGGAAACGCACAUGUGGACUCACCAAGGUCAGAAACCACAUGGUUGCAAACAGUGUCCGAAAAGCUUCAAGCGCAAGGAAGAACUGACCAGACACACAGCGGUUCACACAGGAGAGAGACCUUUCAAGUGCACUGUGUGUGGACAUUGCUUUGCCACCCCAGGCAACCUGACACAACACCUGACCACUCACUCUGGAGAGAAACCAUAUCACUGCAAACUGUGCAGCAGAUGCUUUAGAAACAAUCCACUACUUAAAAGUCACCUGAGGAAUCGUCACAAAUGUUAUGACAGUGCCAUAUUGGCAGAAGAUGACUUACGUUCCUUCAUAUGAUGUGGGAGUGCCCUGUAGUUAAAUGCUUCUAGGACAAAAUGGAUGUUGGCUCUUACAUGAAUGUCACCUCACUGUCUCCCAUUUAACCAGUAGAUACAGAUACUAUUAGAAGUUUUAACUUCAGAAUUAUCGACGGCGAGAAUGAAUGGUGCUAGUCAAGGAACAACUGAGACCUGGACAAAUAUACUUGACUCUGUAAAGAAUAAUCUCAGCUAAAGCCCAACACAUACAUACAUACAUACAUACAUACAUACAUACAUACAUACAUACAUACAUACAUACAUACUAUAAGGCCCAAUGCAUACAUACUAUAUGCGCCAAUACAUACAAACAUACAUACAUACAUACAUACAUACAUACAUACUAUAAGGCCCAAUACAUGCAUACAUACUAUAAGGCCCAAUACAUGCAUACAUACAAACUAUAUGUCCCAAUACAUACAUACAUACAUGCAUACAUACAAACUAUAAGCCCCAAUACAUACAAACAUACAUACAUACAUACUAUAAGGCCCAAUACAUACAUGCAUACAUACUAUAUGCCCCCAUACAUACAUACAAACAUGCAUACAUACAUACUAUAAGGCCCAAUACAUGCAUACAUACAAACUAUAUGUCCCAAUACAUACAUACAUGCAUACAUACAAACUAUAAGCCCCAAUACAUGCAUACAUACAUACAAACUAUAAGCCCCAAUACAUACAUACAUACAUACAUACAUACAUACAUACAUACAUACAAACUAUAAGCCCCAAUACAUACAUACAUACAUACAUACAUACAUACAUACAUACAUACAUACAUACAAACUAUAAGCCCCAAUACAUACAUACACACACACAUACAUACAUACAUACAUACAUACAUGCUAUAAUCCCCAAUACAUGCAUACAUACAAACUAUAAGCCCCAAUACAUACAUACAAACUAUAAGCCCCAAUACAUACAUACAAACUAUAAGCCCCAAUACAUACAUACAUACAAACUAUAAGCCCCAAUACAUACAUACAUACAAACUAUAAGUCCCAAUACAUACAUGCAUACAUACUAUAUGCCCCAAUACAUACAUACAUACAUACAUACAUACAUACAUACAUACAAACUAUAAGCCCCAAUACAUACAUACAUACAAACUAUAAGUCCCAAUACAUACAUGCAUACAUACUAUAUGCCCCAAUACAUACAUACAUACAUGCAUACAUACUAUAUGCCCCAAUACAUACAUACAUACAUACAUACAUACAUACAAACUAUAAGCCCCAAUACAUACAAACUAAAGCCCCAAUACAUACAUACAUACAAACUAUAAGCCCCAAUACAUACAUACAUACAUACAUACAUACAUACAUACAUACAAACUAUAAGCCCUUUACUUUUCUUUCAGGCCCACAGGGAAGGGGUUGUAUGGUGAGGGUUUUCUCUGGUCACCGGGGAGGUGGAUAACAUGAGGUGCGUUCAGUUCGCUUGAACGUUUGCUACGUUGUGAAACGGUUUGUACUGAAAAGACUGAGGUACAUUUGAUCCCGUUUUGUGGGUGUAGCUUGAAGCAAUGAGUGACAUAUUUAAAGGGCGGCGGCCAUGCUGACAGCGUUCCCCAACACACAACCCAACUCCUCCCAGUUUUUCAACUGGUUCAGUACAGCACCGUUUCCUUCCCAUUGAAUGGGAAAACGUACAGAACGCAGACCUGGUUUCAGGGUGGGUCUGGGGGCACAAGUUUCUUUUCUUUUCCUGUACAUACUUAAUUGAUUAUUACUUAAACUCUGAAAUAUACUUUGUUGUUAUGUACCUUUUUUGUAGUUUAUUAUUAUUUUAAAAAUAAAUGUUGCAGCCCACAGGUAAAACAAGAAUAUGUGUGAAAUAAUGAAUAGAUAAUUAUUUAAAUAUUGUACCUGUAAUCCCCCCCCCCCCCCCCAAAUGAAAAAAUGCAAACAAAAAUAGACAUGUCUUUUGGUUGGUGGUGCUUUAGAACGUACAGUAGAAUCGAUAAAACAAUAUAGUAUCUGCUCUCAUUCUCUCCUCUGUCAGGCUAUGUCUUCUUCCAGAGUUAUUACAUUUACAUUUGAGCGGAUGUAAAUGUUAUGUUAUGAAUGCAGAUCUGCUUUUUACUAUUAAAUAAAGGCCUUCUUUAUAAAUUCC